AUAUGCUUCUCUUAAAAAAUAUUUUUCCCAUUAAUACAAGGAAACAUACUUAUAAUUUAUUUUCUCAAAAUCAUGUUUCUACUAUGUUUAAAUAUAGUAACAAUUUUUCAUCAUUUGAGAACCAAAAAAGAUCAAGAAAAAAAUUAUGUUACAUGAAGUCUGAAAAAAUUGGACACCAUCAACAAUAUUGUCAACUCAAAGCAAUCACUAACGUUGCAGCCAUAACUAUGGAGGAUGAAAAAGAAAUAAUUAUAGCUCAAAAAGGCAGCAAUGGAAUAGGAAUUGUUGACUUUUUUGAAGGGAAGAAUAUUCUUGUAACUGGUGGUACAGGGUUUCUUGCAAAAGCUUUGAUUGAAAAAAUGUUGAGAACAACACCAAAGGUAAACAAGAUCUAUUUGCUCAUCAGGGCAAAGGAUAAGGAAGCUGCAUUUCACAGAGUAAAAAUUGAAAUUAUGGAGUCAGAAUUAUUCAAAUGCCUAGAAGAAAUGCAUGGUGAAUCCUACAAGUCAUUCAUAGAAAAUAAAUUGAUCCCUAUAGUUGGAAAUAUAUAUGAGCCAAAUCUUGGUAUGGAUAUUAUUACUAGUGACAAAAUUGCUCAAGAAAUUGAUUUGAUUGUUGACUCUGCAGCCAUCACUACAUUUGAUGAGAGGUAUGAUUUAGCUCUUGAUACUAACGUAAAUGGUCCAUAUCAACUCAUGAUGUUUGCCAAGAAAUGCAAGAACCUUAAACUUCUUAUGCAUUAUUCUACCGCAUAUGCUAAUGGAGAAAGAGAAGGAUUAAUAUUGGAGAAGCCUUUUAUAAUGGGAGAAAGCAUAACAAAGGAAAAAAUCACUUCAAUUUCUCCCUUUACUAAUUUUCCAUCAUUGCAUGUUGACAAUGAAUUUGACUUAGUUUCAAAAUUGAAGAACAAUAUUAUAAACAAUAUUGACUUGGAGCAAAUAAUGAAGAAUUUAGGAGUUGAGAGGGCAAAAUUAUAUGGAUGGCAAGAUACAUAUACAUUCACAAAGGCAAUUGGUGAAAUGAUGAUAAAUAAUAUGAGACAUGAAAUUCCAAUACUUAUUAUUCGUCCCUCAAUAAUAACAAGUAGCUAUAAAGAGCCAUUUCCAGGAUGGAUGCAAGGAUUCAGGACAAUCGACCCUUUAAUCUUUUUCUAUCGAAAGGGUGACCUUCCAUGCCUUUUAGGUGAUCCAAAUUGUCUUGUUGAUUUGGUUCCAGUUGAUAUGGUUGUAAAUGCAACAAUGGCUGCUAUGGCAAAACAUGGAAAUUUGCAAAAUUCACAACUAAAUGUUUAUCAUGUGGCAUCAUCAUCUAUAAAUCCUGUCUCAUUUUCACAAAUUUUUGACUAUUCCUAUAAUUAUUUCAAAUUAUUUCCUUUUGUUAAUAAAAAAGGAGAUAAAUUUGACGUUAAACAAAUGAGAUAUUUUGACAAAAUAUUAGAUGUUGAAAAUUAUAUUUGGGAGGUAUUAUCCAAGCAGCAUGAAGUACGAGAUGAAAAAGAGCUUACAAAGAUUCAAAUACGUUUAAUUGAAAAGAAGGUGGAAUAUUUGAAGAAUUUCAGCAAACUUUAUGAACCCUACUUGUUCUACAAAGGCUGGUUUGACAAUGACAACACAAGAAAGCUAAUGGGAGAUAUGUCUGAAGAAGAAAAAAGAAGCUUUGAAAUUGAUGUGACAAAAAUUAAUAGGAGAAAUUAUAUUGAAAAGAUUCAUAUUCUUGGUGUACAAAAAUAUGUACUAGAAGGGAAUAGGAUAAAUUAA